GAAAGCAAAAAGAAGUUAUCAAUAAAGUACAACAAAAAGAUAAAAAAUUACACAUAUUAUCUUAUAAGUUUAUACAAUCAAAACAAAUUGCAAAACUACAAUCAGAUAAAUUUCACAAGUAUAAAGCAAUAGAAAUAGAAGAUGCUAUCUAUAAUACCAUUAGAUAUUUUAGAAAAGAAUCAGCAAAAAAAUUAGAAGAACUUCGCAAAUUAAAACAACAAAUAAAACAAUAUAGAGAAGAUCAAGAAGCUAAGAAA